UUCCGCAAUUUUAGGUCCAAGAGCGCAUGCGCAAAGUGUGCGUUUCGAUUUCGCGAACCAAAAGGGCUGGCGUUUUAAAAAGGGUUUCCUGUGUCAUGUUCAAAUAAUAACGUGUAUAAAACAUCACUUACAAGGUUUGAUCACAAUGGAACAGCUUUGUAGAGUAUUAAAGAAGCCAAAUCGUCUCGAUGAUUAUGCAGAGGGAGAACAUAGAGGAAUUUGGUGGCGUCUGACCAACACAAGGACACAAAUACAAGUUUUACAUCGUUGUGGACAGAUAUAUGUUGUGAUAUUUUGUCUCGCCGUUUGUUGGUCGUCUGCGACACUGGGUUUACCAAUAGUCUAUGAGGAUAAUCCAGAUACCCUGUACAAAGCCCAGUGUUUGAUGAUGUAUAUCUGCUUUUGCAUAAUUUCAAACUAUUUUUUGAUUGUCUAUCAUGCAGGAAAAUCGCAUUUUUGGAAAAUAAAUUCAAAACAGUUACCAAUAAGUGACGCAAACAGAACGGCAACACGUAAUUUGUCUGGAAGAGAACAUUUGAAUUCAGAAGCCAAUGAGAGGAAUCAUUCUGAUUGGAUGAAAUGUUCCAGCUGUGAUAUUGAAGUGCCACCUAGAGCUAGACAUUGUGCAAUAUGCCAGACUUGUGUUAUUAAGAAGGACCACCAUUGUUUUUUCACCGGAUGUUGUAUUGGAUUUUAUAAUCAGAGAUACUUUAUUACAUUUUGUGUCUUUGGAAUGAUUGGAGGAACUUGGGGGUUAUACAAUCUUGGGACGUAUCUGAGUGCAAACUAUGCGCCAUUUCUUAGUUUGCAAAUCUACUGGUAUUUCUUACCAAUUUGUUUCAUAUCGUGCCUCUUUGGCCAAGUGUCGUUUUACCACGCUUGUUUAGUAUUACUAUUUUACCUUCAUAUUACAAGCACUGCAACCUCUUACUAUUAUUUUGCUUGGCAGAUGUACAUAAUAUACCAUGGACAGACGAGUUACGAAUGUGUCAAAAGAAAGAAAAUUUACAAUGACGAUUUUUGGGCCAAUAUGAGAUCAGUGUUUGGCUCAUAUUGGAUCGUAGGAUUUUUGGUGCCGAUGCCGUUUUUGCUCAAUGAAGGUGAUGGAAAAACGUGGAGACUACACAGAAAAGUUAUGUGAGACAGAAAAAAUGACAAUCUGUUAUAAAUCGAAUGUUAAGUGAUGCAUAUUUAGGAAUCACGCACUCUCUGUAAAGCACUUUUUCCGAACUAUCAGUUGGUAUAGAUUUAUAUCAGUCCCUCUCAGUCCCAGUAGAUUUUCUGUUGUGGAAAAAUUCAGUUCAUUUUCGUACAAAUUUAAGCGGUAUUUAAUUAUAGUUUAAGUACUUCUAUAUAAAGUUUGAUACGAAAAAUCAUCCACUAUGUUUAAUAAUAAAAAAUGAGUGCCUUUUGAAAUUAUGUAAUUCUACACUUUUCUCUAUAUAACAUGUUUAAUGCUCAUUGCAGCUCAAUAACUGAAUGCCAUUACAUUUUUUAAUACGUUGUUUUUUGCUUUUGUGUAACAGCACAAUGUAGGAUGUUUUUAGAGUUGGUGACAUUGAUUUGAUAUUUCACUGUAAAAUGCUGUUUUUUUAGAUGUGAAAUUGAUUCUAUUCGAUAAUUAUUUUACAGAAGUAUCGUUUUAUUGUAUUUUAUAAUCAAUUAUCACAACGCCUGUUAAACUCUUCACGCUUGUUCCCAAAGGUAAAGGACUACGCAAUUUAUUUAUUGUCUACACCAGAUCUUAACGAGUGGAAAAUACCAUACACGAUUGUGCUAAAACAUUACUCGCUGUGCUUUGAUCUAGCUUUGGAAAUAAACUUUAAAAAGAUGAUAUACAUGUAUCUUGGUAUAUGGACAUGCGGUUUGAUAUUACUCAUAGUAAUGUUCAACUUCAAAAAAAUCUUUAUUUAUUAAAUAUUUAAUCAGUAAUAAUGUAUUAUUUAAAAUAGACUAAUAUGAAAUAUUGCUUUGUA